AUGGCUCUGCCUUCAUUGCCAGUGGAAAUAAUUGCUGAUGCGUAUCAACUAUUGUUUGCUGAAUGUGAAAAACAUCCAGAUUUAAAAGAUUUUGUGCUUUAUUCUCAUAAUGAACGGAUGAUAACAUUUAAACCGUUAACAUGGUGUAUUAGUGAUGGUCGUACAACUAUCGUACUUGAAGUACUGGCAUUGGCUGUACCUGCAUUACAAGCUGCAGUGAAUUCUACUUCUGCCUUAUCAAAUAAGACGGCGCGACAAUUUGGUGGUGGAAUCGCGGGACCAGCCGUGCCGCCAUUUGGUGUUCCAGUUGGCGGUGGAGUUGUGGUUGGACCUUCUUCAGAUAUGCUGGAAUCAAUGUUCACGGGUGGUUCUGACAAUUGUCUCAGCGGCGAUGGUUUAGUUCAAAUGGCACCAACAGCCGAGUAUAAAAGGGUGGAACAACUGAAAUCCGGCGAUAUUGUCCUGGCAAUGAGUCGAACAAACAAAAUAACAGAAUCAGAAAUCAUUAUGAUUUCUCAUAGUUCAGCUGAUGAAUACACGUUAUUUACUCGUAUUGAAACUGAAAAUGGUGAAACGAUCAGUUUAACACCACGACAUCUCGUUCCAAUAAUGACCAAAGAUGGUGCUCCGUCAUUUAUUUAUGCUGAAAGAGUAACACCAAACGAUUACGUUUAUGUUCGCGAUCAUUUGAACAAUCACGAAUUGAUGUGUGUUAAAGUGGUAGCAUCUGUUUAUGCUUCGAUCAAUAAUCAUCAUUUAGCUCAUAUAGGUAUGGCUCCAAUGAGAUGGUAUUAUUCAGUUGUAAAAUUUCUUUCAGCAAAAGCAGAGCCAUUUUCACCAAGUACAAAUGGUAAUCUACAUUGGCUCCAUGAGUUACCGUUUCACUUAGGGAAAACUUUUACACCACAAAUAUACUCUCAUUAAAAAGUUACAAAAUCAAAAAGUGUUAAUCAGGAAUAUUUAUUUAAUCAAUAACGUUAUGCUUUUUCUUCUUAUCUUGUAAAUCGUUUCCACUUCACAAAAUAAAAAUAAAUGCUUUUGGUCAGACAAACAAAGAACCGACAAGUACAAGUAUACAAGUGAAAGUAAAAGUGCUUGCACUUUCAAAAUAAUACUUCUACUUUCAGUACAUCUUAAGUACUUCAAGUACUUUUUUGACUCUUACAGGGUGUUGCAAAAGUACGCACGGCCAAAAGCCUCGAAUAUUUUGGUCAUUUCUUAACUAAACUAUUUAGAUAGCCUUACUAGAUUCAGUUUCUCCCUGUUCCAAUGGAAAACCAUAGCUUUAAAAACACAUUACCGUUUUUUAUUGAGUACACUUUUGAUCUGGUCAACUAUUAAAUUACAUUGAAUUAAAUAUAUGAAACCGUUGACCAAAGAAGAAUGGUAUGU